UGCCAGUUUUUGAGUGCCGUCCUGCCUCACUGAACAUCUGCUUAUAAAAACCUUUGAUAAAGUCAAAGUUUCAUUCUGUGGAAGCGUGCAGCAGAGUUUGAUCGAUGGGAUUACUGAACAGGAAACUUAAACUUUGGAUUAACUUUGUGGUGGGAUAUCAGUCCGUAAAUUAGAACCAAGGCUCUAACUUUACUUCCAAAGUUUUUUUUGCUGUUUCUAAACUUGGAACAAGUAUUUUUACACACCUUUUUGCACCAUGGCGAAUUCAUGUCUUCAACUGAGCGGCUUUCUGAUCAGCUGCCUUGGCUGGCUGGGCAUCGUGAUAGCAAUAUCCACUAAUGACUGGGUGAUGAUGUGUAAAUAUGGUCUGAACACAUGCAAGAAGAUGGAUGAGCUAGAAGCCAAGGGACCCUGGGCGGACUGCGUCAUCUCCACGGGAAUCUAUCACUGCUACUUCUUAACUCAGAUACUGGAACUGCCAGCCUACAUCCAGACAACUCGUGCCCUGAUGAUCACAGGCUCAAUACUGGGUCUUCCUGCAGUGAUCAUUUGCCUCAUGUCCAUGCCUUGCAUCAGCCUUGGCAAUGAAGCCCAGAGCUCCAAGAACAAACGCACCAUCCUGGGAGGAGUGCUUAUACUCAUAGUCGGACUAUGCGGUAUCGUGUCCACCAUCUGGUUCCCUAUCGGUGCCCACCAUGAGCACGGCCUCAUGUCAUUCGGCUUCUCCCUCUACACUGGAUGGAUAGGCACUAUCUUCUCCCUCCUGGGCGGGUCCAUUCUCACCUGUUGCUCCUCAGACUCCUCCUCAUCUCGCUCAUACCAGGACAACAACCGGUUCUAUUACUCCAAACAGGGUGGCGGCAACCCUCCAACAGCUGCUUCCACCAAUCACGCCAAGAGCGCCCACGUCUGAGGUGGAAGAGUUUCUUUACUCUGAUUGGAUAUGAAGAGAACUUGAAUUUGUAUAUAGAGACAUUUAGAUUAGCAGCACAUACAAACAAACAGAGGAGAGAGGCACACACACAAAGGCUGUUUUGUUGGAGCUCUUUUUUUUUUUUUCCUUGAAGGAUUUUUGAAUCAGAGCUCAUCUUCCAGCCUCCUCAUGUUAGGUGCGGUGUGGACGCUACCCACUGUUACAUAAUUUACAGCAUCGUGAUGAACUUCCUACACAAGAGCCUGAGGUCUUUAUCACCAGAGGCCUCAUGGACUCAGAUAUCAAUCUUUUAUAUUUCUUCUAUUUUUCUACUUUGAUGCUACUAGAGAUGAAAUCUUGGAGUAUAAAUGUGUUUUUCUAAUCAUACACUAUUAAGAUCUGUUGCUUGGAUGAGAGCAGGGUAUGAAUGAGCUGUGCUUUGAAUCAAAUGUGUUUUUGGCAUUGUUUUUAUGUACAUUGCAGUUUGAACAACACCAUGGGGAAUCUGCCUCUCAAUCAAGAAACAGUGAUGCAUUUUAUAGCAACUGCAGGUUGACUGUAAAAUAAUGGGAGCAUAAAUGUUUGGGACAGCGGUGCUACAGUGUAAAGUAUUGUCUUAUUGGUGCUUACAGUAGUAUCACAGUAAUGACAAAAAUAUCCUAAUCCAAUCACAUUUACACGACUAACUUGCUUCUUCUUAAUUUUGAGUAUUACUACUAAAUAACCAAAAACAGCCUACUCUCUAACUUUACAAUUUUAAAAGUUCAGUGAAAUAUUAGUCUUCAAAAGGUGUGUAGCUAAAAGUAUAUGUCACUAAAAUGCACAAAAUUAGUAAUAUGUAGAGUAGCUUUUCUUGAAGGAGUUGUAAUGACUUGAAUCACCAAAAUGCUCUGAACACGAGUGGAGCCUGAUGUGUUCGACUCUGUGCUGAAGCAGUAUUAGCUGAUUAUUUAUUGUUUCACUGAUGUGCCAUUGUUUGAUUUUCUACAAUAAAGACAAAUGAUUUAAAGCUG